UAUAAUUAAUCAUUAAAUACAUCGUUAAUUUCUUUCGAUUUUAUUUCAAAAUAAAGUUUUCUAUAUAAAAAUGGUGAAUAUAACAGUGGAUUUGGUGCGAAAGAAAGCAGAACAUCAUGAUUGUUUGCUGGCCCCGUUGGAAGAGAUUGCUUUGCAUCAAGAAAAUAUCGAAAAAAUAGAAUAUUUACAAGACUGGUGCCCAAAGCUCAAAAUACUUUUAAUGCAAAGUAAUUUAAUUGCAAGAAUAGAAAAUCUAAACAAAUUGAAACAUUUAACAUAUCUGAAUUUAGCACUUAACAAUAUUGAAGUAAUUGAAAAUCUAGAAAGAUGUGAGUCAUUGCAAAAAUUGGAUCUGACUCUUAACUUUAUUGGUGAUAUCGUCAGUGUAGAGAGUCUCACGGAUAACUACAAUUUGGAAAACUUAUAUUUGACUGGGAAUCCAUGUACAGACUACGAAAACUAUCGUGAUUUUGUAAUCGGAACUUUACCUCAACUUAACUCACUUGACGGUAAAGAUAUUGAACGAUCUGAUCGCAUCAAAGCCUUACAGAAUCUUCCUAUUAUUAGAUCUGAUAUAAUAUUUGAGCAAAGUAUUUACAUGUCUCAAAGAAAAGCUCAGAAAGUACGCCUUGAAAAAGAUAUACAAGAUAAAUGGGAAAACAUGUACAAGAACAUGGAUCCAGAGGAAAGAAAUAAGAAAUUUUGGGCUGAAAAAACAGAGCAUGCCCCUGAAGUGAGAAAUGAAAUUGAACGUAUGAGACAGUUAAAAUUAAAAAGCUGUGAGACGGAUGAGAAAAAAGAAGAAAAGCGAAAAUAUAAACUAUUUACUGAUGACGGCAGACCAUUUAAUAUAAACCAACCAAAAAUAGUUUUCAAGUUUAGUGAUGAAGAGCUAGAUAAAUACACUUUAGACUUAGCCGUGUACAAGCAUUUAGACACUAGUCUACUUGACGUAGAUAUUCAGCCAAAUUAUGUGAGAAUUACAAUAAGAGACAAAAUAUUUCAACUUCAUCUUCCUAAAGACGUAAAUACAACAAACUCGAAAGCUGAAAGAUCCCAAACUACUGGUCAUUUAGUUAUCACGAUGCCGAAAGCAAAUUUUGUUAUAAAACAAAAUGUUGUUCCAAAGAAAAUUAAACAAAUAACACAACCUUACACUGAUCAAAAAGUUAAAGAUUGUCAAGGAGGAAUAUCACAAUCGAAAAGGGAAUUAUUAGAAAUAGGGCCUGCUGACUGCGUACUAGACUUGACAAAAAUGGCUCAACCAAAAUUAAAACCUGACUACAUAGACCCAAGAUUGAAACUUGAGGGUAAACAACCCUCACCAGACUUCAUUGACAACCCAGAAGUUCCUGACCUUAUUUGAUGUGUCAAUAAGUUAACGGAAUAUAAAGAUAUAUACUUGUAUAAAUAUUUAGAUUUUAUAUCCUCGGUAAGAUACUAGAAUAUUGCAUGUAUUCCAUAGAAAUAUGGCGGGGUGGCGCUUCCAAAAUCCUUGAUGUAUUCUUUGAAAGUAACUUCAUAAAUACAUAUCUACUAUUAAGUUGGCAUAACACGCGAAUAUCACUGGUACCUAAUAAAAAAAUCGUAUUCGUAAUGCGUAGGUUUUGCGAGAUCUGCAUUGCAUACCUACUUGUAACUGCACUUUUGUUAAACCCUGCAAAUAAAACUUUUAUCGAUACGUUUGGGGAAUUAAAAAACUCUUUAAGUUUUAUAACAAAUUUAAUAUUAUUUACAUUUUAACAUUUAUAUAGGCAUUUUCCGUAUAAGUUAAUUUAUAUAUUCAAACAAUAUAAAAAAAUUAAUAAUGCACGGCAAU